AUGAUGAGUUUGAAUAAUCACAAACAAGAUAAGAGACAACUUGAUUUACCAGAUACACAAUGGUCAUUAGUAUUUACCACUAAAGGUUCUCAUUUCUUCCAUAAUAAAGAAACUAAAGAAUCACAUUGGAAAAUUGAUGAUGAAUUAGUGCUUCAAAAAGUUCAGGAUAUAGAGAAAGAUAGUUUAUUAUUGUUGAUUGCCAAAUCAAGAGGUCUUAAGUUAACCGAGGAACAGGAUUCAAUAUUGAAUAAUAGUUUAGUACCCAAAAAAGAAGAGUUACAGGAUGAUCAUGGAGAAUUGGAUAAUGAAGAUGAAGAUGAACAGAAAGUUCAGGAAAUGCUGAAAGGUUUAGAGAGUGAUGAUGAAGAUGAAACUCCAAAAAUUGAACAAAUCACACAAAAACCAGUUAAUCCUUUAGUUUCUGGUUAUUCAUCGAGUGAAGAUGAUUCAGACAAUGAAGAUGAAGUUAAAGUUGAAGAAAAAAUUGAAACAAGUGAAAACACAGAUGAAAUCAAUGAAUCAAAAGUUGAACCUUCAAAAGAUAUUACUGAUCAAGUUAAUGUCUUAGAAACAGAACUCUCAGAAGAACCUAAUGAUGAGGGUGCUGAAUCAUCCGAAGAAGAAAAUGCCAUUGAUUUAGACAUGCUUAAUGACUUAUCAUCAGAUGAAGGUGAAUCUAAAGAUCCACAACAAGCAGAAGCUAUUUUUUUCGAAUUGUUACAAGAAAGUGAAUUAAAUCCUUUUGGUACUUGGGAAUCUGAAUCUUUGAAAUUGAUAAAUGAUCCAAGAUUUUAUGAAAUUGAUGAUAAUCGUGAUAGAAAAAGAAUAUUUGACGGUUGGGCAUCUAUCGCAGUUACUUUGAAACAACAAAAUACUGAUGAUACUAAAGAACUCAAGGAAGAAAAUGCUGGCGAUGAAGAACCAGAGGAACCAUUUGUUAAAUUCAUCAAGUUUCUUGAAAGUAGAGAUGAAUUGGAUAGACUUUAUGUCGAUUUUAAGAAAAAAUGGAAAAAGAAACUCAAGAAAUUUGAUUUAGGAGAUAGAGAAAAGGAAAAAACUUAUAAAGAGUAUUUGGUAUACCAUAAGAAGCCAUUAGAUGAUAGAAUAACGAUAUUUAAAGAUUUUCUGUUGAAAUCUAAAAUCUUCAAGCAUAAUUCAAAAAAAUUGGAAGAUAAAGAAUCAUGUAACUCCAUUAUUAAAGAAGUUGAAUCUUAUAAUGAACAAAAUAAUCAAGAUAUUAAAUUGGGUUAUAAACUUCUUCACCAGAUUGAAGAUUUAUUACAGAUAUCUGAAAGUCUCAAGUUUGAUAUAAAGUAUUACAUCACACCAAUAGGGAAACGACUUCAAAUUAUCAAUGAGGUGUAUAACUUACUAGAUGGCGUAUAA